AUGAAGGACAAGAACCCAGGCGACACUACCCUGGAGCUGGUGAUGAUUGAGCAGCCGCUGCGCAUCGCGGCCUCGUUCUACUCGCCGCCGCAGCCGCGCAUCUUCACGGACGAGUGGAGCAUUUCAGCGUCGACGCGGCGCCCAUCAACCAUCGGCCCCGCAAUCUUCUACUUCUUCUUAAUCAUCAUCACCGUCGCCAUCACCUUCGUUCUCACUGCUGUUGCUACAAUGCUCGGCUUCAGCUUCGGCCUGGGCUUCUUCGGGGCCACCGAUCGAGGUCGGGACGAAGCGCAAGCGGACCUGGGCGGCCACGACCGACCGCUGGUUGAGGCCGAGGCGGAGGACUGGCGGCGCGCGCUGGUGGCUCGGCUGCCUCGGCACAUCUGGGCCUCGCCGGAUCCCUGCGGCGGAAGCAACGAGCGCUCGUCAAUGUUGCUGUUCGGCGAGGAGGUCCUACUGCACGUGGGCCACACCUGCAUCGUCACGCGCGACAACAACGCCACCCGCUACCGAAUCCGCCACUUCGGCUGA